CGCGUAGAUGCCAUACGUGCUGCGUAUUGCGUCGUGUUGUUUCUUCAAUGGGAAGGCGACGAGGCACAAAGUAAUCGAGCCCGCAUAGUGAGGUAUCCCAAGGUGAUUGCUUCCGCAAGAAGCAUACUGGCGUUGGGCCCGAUUCAGCAUGACCUGCUGUCUGUAUACCUUGAAGACAGGCAGCCAUAUAUGAGCUGGAAGCGUUUCACCUUGAAAGAAGAAUGUAUCCGUGCCCUGCUUUACGUCUUUCUUCUCGAUUGCGCUUUCAAAAUGUUCAACAACUUCUCGCCUCGCAUGCUAUCCGACGAGCUCAACAUGGGUCUUACCUGCCCCGAGAUUUGCUUUCAAGUGGCUGACGUCGACGAAUGGCGGAAACAUAUGGAAGUAUGGGCGGCAAGCGAAACUGGCAAAGCCCAACCUUUAGUUCGGGAUGUUCUUCAAUUCGUGGUCAAAGCCGAUUUAAGUUUGUCAGAGUGGACAAUAUUAUGUGAGAUGGGCCCGUUGAACUUUUUUACGCUGGCAAAUGCAUUUCAAAACAUGAUUUUUCACUGCCACAACCCCCAGUCGGCAGUUUUAAAGAUGCAACAGCAUCCAUACCUACAAAAUCCAUCCACGAUUGUGCACUCAGAUAAAUCAGAGGUCCUCCAAGGUCUGCGAAACUGGAAGCGGGCAUGGAUGUGCCGUCAGACAGUCCUUGGGGAUUAUGACAUAUACCAAGUCGGUGCAGGGAACUCGUGGCAGCGAGUUGGCUUUUUUAGGCAUGGGUUCGAAUUCUGGCGUUUGGCUCUUAUUGUGUACAGGAAUCUCGAAGCAACGGGUUGGCUCAAGUGGGAAACGAGCUUUGUGGACAAGUCCGAUAUGAAGGACGUACAUGAGCUGAUUACAAAGUUUCAAAAUGUAAAUAUAGGUGAAUACGAGCUGUAA